CUGCAAUACAGCUUUGCACAUGUCAAAUGUCAAUGCUCACAAUGCCUUUUAUUUGAAUUGAAACAUCACAUUCAAGGACAAAUUAGUAAAUCCACUUCACCCUCUUAACAUUUUCCUUAACCUCGCAAAUAUAAAUAAUCUCUUCAUCCGUGACUCCAAUUUUAUUACUACAUUACAUUCUUAUUUUUUGCAACAGAUAAGGUCACAUGAAAAUGUUACAUUUUUUUCCUUUGUUUUCCCUAACAGCUCUAACCCUCUUCCUUGUCUCAUCCACCGUCGCAAGACCAGCAACCACCACCACACCCGAGCCAACACCACCACCACCACCACUACCAUCUCCAGCUAAAGAGUACCUAGAAUCUCACAACAAAGCAAGAGCUGAAGUAGGUGUUGAGCCACUUCAAUGGAGCGAGAAGCUAGCAAAAGACACAAGCUUACUAGUCCGUUACCAAAGGAACAAAAUGGGUUGCGAUUUUGCUAACUUAACAGCAAGUAAAUACGGGGGAAACCAGCUUUGGGCAGGUUCUGCGGCGGCUGUGACGCCGAGUAAAGCGGUGGAGGAAUGGGUUAAGGAGAAAGAUUUUUACAUUCAUGCUAAUAAUUCAUGUGUUGGAAAUCAUGAGUGUGGUGUUUAUACGCAGGUUGUGUGGAAGAAAUCGGUGGAGCUUGGUUGUGCUCAGGCGACAUGUACGGUUAAGGAGAAAGCUAGUUUGACUAUUUGUUUCUAUGAUCCACCUGGUAAUGUUAUAGGGGAAACCCCAUUUUGAUCGAUUACGAUCGAUCAAGGAUCGUAAGACAUAGUUCAAUUGACAUGAACAUUUUCAUUCGGGGUCUUGUACGUGUGCUUCUAUGUGAGUUUUUUUGUCGUAAUUGUCACUUUGUUUACAAAGUAAAAAAUUAUUUGUGAUGAUAUGCUUUGUUUAUUAAUGAGAUUAUGUAAGUGUAAUGCAACUUGUGGUAGAGAGAUCAAUAUGUCAUUUAAUUAGUCAAUGUCAAGCAUGACAUUAAUUAUAUGAAAUUGGUCAUGUAAUAGACAAAAUGUGUAAUUGUUUAUUAUGAUUGAUAUUGAGGUGGAUCUUUCGUGCCA